GGGGGGGGGGGGGGGGGGGGGGGCAGCAGCGGCGGCACCUCCACUCCCAAUGCCAGCGCGGCCAGCGCGGCCGGCAGCCUGCCCGGCAAGCCCGUGUACUCGACCCCGUCCCCGGUGGAGAACACCCCCCAGAAUAACGAGUGCAAGAUGGUGGAUCUGAGGGGGGCCAAAGUGGCCUCCUUCACCGUGGAGGGCUGCGAGCUCAUCUGCCUGCCCCAGGCUUUCGACCUUUUCCUGAAGCACUUGGUGGGGGGCUUGCACACGGUCUACACCAAGCUGAAGCGGCUCGAGAUCACGCCCGUGGUCUGCAACGUGGAGCAGGUCCGCAUCCUGAGGGGGCUGGGGGCCAUCCAGCCCGGGGUCAACCGCUGCAAACUCAUCUCCAGGAAGGAUUUCGAGACCCUCUACAACGACUGCACCAACGCCAGUUCUAGACCUGGAAGGCCUCCUAAGAGGACUCAGAGUGUCACCUCCCCAGAGAAUUCUCAUAUCAUGCCACAUUCUGUCCCAGGCCUAAUGUCUCCUGGAAUCAUCCCGCCAACAGGUCUGACAGCAGCAGCUGCAGCGGCAGCAGCUGCCACCAAUGCUGCCAUAGCAGAAGCAAUGAAAGUGAAAAAAAUCAAAUUGGAAGCUAUGUCGAACUAUCAUGCAAAUAAUAACCAGCAUGGAGCAGACUCUGAAAAUGGAGAUCUGAAUUCAAGUGUUGGGUUGGAACUUCCUUUUAUGAUGAUGCCCCACCCGCUGAUUCCCGUGAGCCUACCUCCAGCCUCUGUCACGAUGGCAAUGAGCCAGAUGAACCACCUCAGCACCAUCGCCAACAUGGCAGCAGCAGCACAAGUGCAGAGCCCUCCAUCCAGAGUGGAGACUUCUGUUAUUAAGGAACGUGUUCCAGACAGCCCUUCUCCUGCUCCUUCUCUUGAAGAGGGCCGAAGGCCUGGCAGCCAUCCAUCCUCCCAUCGAAGCAGCAGCGUGUCCAGCUCUCCUGCACGGACCGAGAGCUCUUCAGACAGAAUCCCUGUCCAUCAGAAUGGGUUAUCUAUGAACCAAAUGCUGAUGGGUUUGUCACCUAAUGUCCUGCCUGGACCUAAGGAGGGUGAUCUGGCUGGUCAUGAUGUGGGACAUGAGACAAAAAGAAUGCACAUUGAGAAAGAUGAGACCCCGCUCUCCACACCAACCGCAAGAGACAGCCUUGACAAACUUUCUCUAACUGGGCAUGGGCAACCACUACCUCCAGGUUUUCCAUCUCCUUUUCUAUUCCCUGAUGGAUUGUCCUCCAUAGAGACCCUUCUGACUAACAUCCAGGGUCUCCUAAAGGUUGCUAUAGACAAUGCCAGAGCUCAAGAGAAACAGGUCCAACUGGAAAAAACAGAGCUGAAGAUGGAACUCUUCAGGGAACGAGAACUGAGGGAAACACUUGAAAAACAGUUGGCUGUGGAGCAGAAGAACAGAGCAAUAAUUCAGAAAAGGCUAAAGAAAGAAAAGAAGGCAAAGAGGAAAUUGCAGGAAGCACUUGAAUUUGAGACUAAACGACGAGAGCAAGCAGAGCAAACACUGAAACAGGCAGCUUCAACAGAUAGUCUCAGGGUCCUAAAUGACUCUCUGACCCCAGAGAUAGAAGCUGACCGCAGCGGGGGCAGAACAGAUGCUGAAAGGACAAUACAAGAUGGAAGACUUUAUUUGAAAACUACUGUCAUGUACUGAAUUUUUCCUGCUGAAAAUACGUGUGCUACGGUAAAGAACAUUGCAGUAAGACAUUGCCUCGUAAGGAGUUCUGUGGAAACAAAACAUUUUCAAACCAACUUCCUCAACUUCAUUUAUCAAUGUUCUUCAAAAAUGUAAAGAAUUCUGCAAGAGUGUCCUCCUUUGGUUAUCUCCUGUGGCUCAACCUGGAGAUCUAGAGAAUGUUUGUAAAUGUACAGUAGCACUGUUCUCACAGCGAAUAUCUGCAUCUCUGCGCCGGACUAUUGUAUCCGAAAUUACAGGCGGUCAGAACAAGGCUGAGUAUUCUCUUUUUCAGGGAAUGCAGACUCUCUCCUCCUCUGAUGAUUCUAUAUUUGAGCACAUCCAAUGAUCCUUCCAGCGGUGUCCAAGUACACUUACAGACUGUUAUACCAUACCGAAACCAGCAAGACAGCUCAGAGAUGAACUUGUAGAGGGCAUAAGAGGAUUCUUAUUUAAAAAAGAAAGGAAAAAAAAAAAAAAGGUAAAAGAAGAAAAAAUUGAUACAUUCAGUUUUCAAACUAUGAUCGUGGGUUUUCUUCUAAAGACAUUUUUUCCACAUGCUUUCCAAGAG